CGUUCACGAUGAUUUCUUUCAUUGUUUGCUUGUUCUUGCUUUCAGCUAGCCAGUGCUAUGGAGCACCAGGCAGGAACCACGGCUCAAGAAUAGUGGGAGGUUCGUCAGCUUCAGAUGGCGAGUUCCCUUUUGUGGUAAGCAUUUUAGUUAAUGGCAAUUUUAAGUGCGGUGGGACCAUCAUCAACCAAAACUGGGUGUUGACAGCUGCUCACUGCAUAGACGGAUACGGUGCGGGAUCCAUCACCGUCCAUGCGGGCUCCACGUCAAGCACCAGCUCUGGCACUUCGGUGGGAGUAAGCACCACCAUCAUCAACGACAGCUUUGACAAUCUGGAAUACACGGACGAUAUCGCUCUGCUCGGGCUGUCGCAGUCGCUGUCGUUCUCGUCGACCAUAGCGGCCGUCUCCCUUCCGUCAUCCGGUCAGCAGACAUCCGCCGGCGCCACUGGCACUGUGGUUGGCUGGGGAUCCACCUCAAAGUCAUCCGCUGUCAGCAGCCUGCGCAAGGUCAACGUCGCCGUGUGGUCGGACUCGGACUGCCAGGCGACGUACUCGGACUACAUCUACCUCUUUAUGCCGGCCAUGAACAUCUGCGCUGGAGACUCAGGCAAAGGGUCAUGCGAUGGUGACGACGGUGGCCCCCUACUGGUGAACGGCCAACAGGUGGGAAUCUCCUCGUGGAAUGGGUACGAUUGUGCCACUUCACAGUAUCCAGGUGUCUUUGUUGAAGUUUCCUACUACGUCGACUGGAUCAAUCAGAAUACACGAUGAUGUCGGCAGAUGCGAAUUUUAGCUUGCUGUGAAAUAUUACCUUAAAAUACUAAAUGUACAAAAAAUAAA